AUGAUGGAGUUCUGGCACUGCCACAAACCUGAUGAUCACGAUCAUGAUCAUGAUGGCCAUCAUCACCACCAGGACAAGGCAAACGGCGAUGCUACCACCGGGCAGAAUGCCAAAGCCGACGAUACGAGUCUUGCAGCUCGAGGAUAUGGAGCGAGCUCGGUCAUCUCGGCGCAACAAAGUGUUGGGUUUAUUGAUUUGACAACGCUAUUAUUCAUCGAGCAGGACUGUUCCAACAUCACGUAUUCUCUCUCUACUCCUGAGCAUGGAUCACCAGAUAGGCAAGCUCUUGCUUCAGGCGAAGGUGGUAGUCAGAUCCGAAGCCUCAACGUGUUUUGCUCUUCCUGUCAAGCCCAACUGGGCUUCUACAAUUUCCGGACAGCCGCAGUCACACUCCUCAAGUGGCAGAUCUCCUGCGACUCUGUCUCCAACCUGAGCCCGGGACUAGAAGAGUGUCUCGCCGCGACCCUUAUUUCCACCAUAGCGAGAUCGGGAUCCUCAAAGUCACUGUUGCUUCCCAUUACAGAGACCCUUGCGACCACAGAGGAAGACGGGGUAGGGAAGGACAAAGUUGUCCACAUAUGGGUGCUCAACAGCAGUAUUGUGUAUGCAUCAUCUGCCACCGAGGCCACCGCCACGAGGCCAGGAGCGGGAAGUGGUACUCUGGCCAUCAAGCUGCUUUAUCGGCUGGUUCCCCGAGAGGAGGCCGAUCGUAUGCUGGAUUCGCUCAUUGGCGAUGCCCAGGAGGUGAACCUUCCGGUAAAGGCCAUCAAUGAGGUCUUUCGACAUCUAGACAGGAGCAACUCUCUUCUGCCUACCACUGAACGGGUAUUCAAGGAGUGGAAAGUUGGUUUAUUAAGGAGGUGA